AUGUCUAAUUUUCCAUCUUUAGAAGAGUUUAAUUCUGGUGUUUGUUGUACAAUAUCUGAUAAAAAUCAAAAUGAAUCUGAAAUACAAGACGAAACGUUUAUAAAACCAAUACCAUUGAAAGAUAUAGAUGCGCAGAGGGAGGAUAUGACAUACAAAAUUUCAGAAAAUACUAAUGAAUCAGUUUUUCUUGAAAAAUGGAAACAACAAAGAGAAGCAAAUAUUCAAAAACAAGAGGAAGAAGACCGUUUAAAAAAAGAAAAUAAAAUAGAAAACGCUAAAAAAGCUAUUGAUAACUUUUUUGAAAGUUAUAAUAGAAAAAAACAGGAAAAAAUCCAAAAAAAUAGAGAAAAACAGAAAGAGUUCCUACUAAAUAGAGAUAAAGAUAUCUCAGGAAUGCUAUGGGAUCGUGUUGUUAAACUUCUUAAUCUUUCAGAAACAUCAACUGGAUUAGAAGAUAGCAAUAUGUCGAAAUUUAAAGAAUUAUUAUUAAAACUUCAAAAAGACCCAAAUGCACCAGGCGCAAAUGAUAUUUAA